AUGCAGGCACUUGUUUUAGCUAUUAUUGUUGUUUUACUUCAACAACAUAUUCAACUAGCUGACGGAGUUACAUGUGCAAGUAAUCCAUGUAGUCUCGUACCUGGUCAAUUUGAUGCAUCGAAUGGAUAUUGUUGUUAUGACAUUCCACCUAAUUAUAUCGAUUCUAUAUGUACAUGUCCAAAUAAUGUUCAAUCUGUUAUUAAUAGACCUUGUCGUACUACUUCCAUACCAAAUCAAGGAGUUUGUAAUAGAACUUGCGUUAAUGGUGGUGUAUGUAAUAUAGUGAAUGGUAGCAAUGUAUGUUGGUGUGGAUUGGGUUUUGCAGGUUCAUUUUGUGAACUUCAAGGUACUCCUACUCGUUGUGCGGCUGGAGUUUGUCAAAAUGGAGCUUGUAUUGAACAAACUCUAGGAUCCACUGUAUAUGCUUAUUGUUACUGUAAUCCAGGUUGGACAGGAAUGAGAUGUGACCAAUACUAUUUUACAUGUACACAAAUAGGCGUUUUUCCUGAUACUGCAUUUUGUGCCAUUGGUCGAUAUUUCUAUUGUCCACAAGCAUCUGGUGGUAAGUAUUUCGUAUAA